UUAGUUUUAAAUUUAGUUGUCUAUAGUGAUUCGCAGUGAAAUAUUUAGCAAAAAAUCAUGAUUCGUUCUAAUUUUUAUCGAUUUACUUUGUUAGUAAAGAAUAAAAGUGCUUUGAAUGCAAUUAAAAACGUUGCGCAAAAUCCACCCAAGAUAAACAUUCAUACUCCAUCAGUCUACCAAAAUCGUUUUUAUGUGACAUUGCCAUCUGUACAAAACAACUGUGAAAAAAAACCUGAAAAUGAAUCCACUGGUAAAAUGCAAAUAACUUUUACUUGUGCAGUGUGUAACACCAGAAAUACCCGAAGGUUUUCAAAACUUUCAUACGAAAAAGGAAUAGUGAUUGUGGAAUGCGACGGCUGCAGUAACAACCACUUGAUAGCUGAUAACUUAGGAUGGUUUCCGGAUACAGGAUGUAAAAAUAUCGAAGAAAUACUAUCUUCCAAAGGCGAAAAGGUCAAACGAAUAGAUGGAUGUUGGGAAUUAAAGUCGAAAUGAUGAGAAAAUAUAUUUAAAAAAAAACUAAUUUGUAAACAAUAAAUAUGUUCUUAAAUUUUAUACUCAA